GGGGUGAUGUGGGAAGAUGGGGAGGGUAAAGUCGUGGAGAGUGAGUGAGAUGAUGGAAGGUAGGGAAGACGGGAUCGUGUCAGAGGGUAACGUUUGUGGACGUGAGGGGCAGUGAGGAGGGCAAGGAGAAGGCUGUGUAAGCCGGUGGUCGAUGUGUUGGUAUCGGUGUGGGUGUGGGAGGAGAAGACCGUAUUGCGCCGCCUUGAAGAUGUCGCGAGAGGACGGCGUCGUUGCGUCUCAGAUGAGUGAGAAAGCCGGCGAAGAAGAGAAGAAAAGCCGACAUUGCCGCGAGGUUGGAAGAAGUAGAAGAAGAAGAAAAGAAAGAGUGGGGUCGCGAAGAGUGAAGAAAGGCUCGACUUCGCAGCAUAGCGAGAAGAGAGACCUCCUUCGUCGUCGACGCCCACGGGUCAAGAUGCGUCUUUUCAUUUGCAAGCUCUUGACCCACACAAAAACAGCAGCGGAACCUGAGUCGAGAAAAAGAGAAGGCGAGAAGCGAGAGAACAGCGGGCGCGAAGAAAGCCGUCGGAUAUCGAUCAGAGUCGAAUGAUGCAAUACGGCAGAAUCGUGGGAACGUGAAGUCGAGAAUAAUUGGAAA